CAUCCACUAUCCAGGCGAAAUGUUGCUGUUGUACUGUUCAUUCAGUGGCGAACCAAAAUGGCCGAAGGAUGACAAUAUACAGCUGUCAACUGGUGCGAACGAGUAGCAUUUCAAAGAAAUUGGAGGGAACAUGUCUCACGUACAGUAUGUGGACGAAUUGGUAAAGGAGUACUUGCUCUUCAGGGGUUUCAGUCAAACCCUGAAGGCUUUUGAUAAUGAUCUGAAGGCGGAAAAAGAAAAGGGAUUUAGGGUAGAUAAAAUAGUUGAUCAAUUAAUGCAAUACAUAUACAAUUACGAUCUGACGUCGCUGAGAGAGUUAUGGGGACAUUUAGACACUAGAAUGUUUUGCCGCCUCGAAAGCCACUUUACGCCCGCGAUCAAAAAGUUGGAGAAUUCCGUAUUAAAGAUGUACUUGGUAAAUGCAGCUGUGAACGGCAAGCAAGAUAGGAUACACGAAUUUUUUAAUAAAAUGACACCAGAGUUACAGGGUCAUUCUGAAUGGAAGGAUUGGUUCGCUCUCGCCUUUAUCAAAAAUCCCGAAGACAAUCCGACUUACUCGGUCCAUUUUAGCAAACAAUGGCAUGAUACUAUGUUAGUAUCCUUACACAAUUUCCUAGCAACAAUUUUUCAAUGUAUGCCUCAGCCAACAUUACUUACGAUUGACGAAGACACAAAUAAAUUUAAACGACUACAAGAGGAGAAUGAAACACUGAGGCAACGGUUGAGCGAAACCGUUAAAAUAGAAAGCAUAUCGGAUGUGAAUCCAGGUCCAGCACCCCAGCAUCCCCCCCUCAUGGAUGACUUUUACAUUAUUGCUCAGUACGUUCAUAUUAGCUUAUGUAAAAAAAGAUUUUAUAUUUUAAUAAUAUUAUUGAUAUUUAUAAAUAAUAGAGAGUCGCCGUUACUGGAAAAUCCAAAGACGCUGAGGAAUCUCAUACGAAAUAUUGGUGGUGGGUCCAGUCCAAUCCUAAGUAGAAAGCCUGCAAAUGUAAAAAAGAAUGUGGAAUCUGAAAUAGUCUCGACUAAACGUACGAAUACGAAGGGACGGGUGAAUUCAAUCAGUAAGUCUGAGGCAGUCGCCAAGAGGAGUAUCAGCUGUGAUUCAAGAUUAAAUAGUUCUAGAAAAAGAGACUCUUCUAUGGACACUGCUAUCGAGAGGAAGACUAAAGAAAAAAUAGAUUCCAGUUAUAUUCUUUUAAGUCAGGAGGAAUAUACAGAACAUAAAACCUCCAUAAUUCAGUGCAAGAGUAAUGCGAGUGGAUCGUAUGUCGCGACGGGCGACGCCGACGGUGUCAUCAAAGUAUGGACGCCGAUUCCUUCACCAAAGACUGUUACUACAUUCACCUCCGCCACGGUGAAUUCUAAUAAGGCUAUCACCUCACUGGAUUGGAUAUCGAAAAACGAACGUUAUUUCCUGCACGGCGACAACAACGGUUUAAUUCAGUUACACGAUACGCGAGAUUGUAAAACGCUCUGGGAUAUCAAUCAUGAGAAUUCGCGAAUCGUUACUUUAAUUUGCAAUCCGACGGAAUCGACGUUCGUCUGUUCUGUAUCGAGCGGUAGUGAAAGCAAACUGUUGCUGUACGAUAUAAAAACGAGAAAGCUCGAGAGAACAUUGCCGCUAGAUAAGAACGUUACUGCUUUAUGUUCCGCUUUCAAUCAUAACGGCCAACUACUUAUCACGGGAUUGUCUAAUGGCAAUAUACUCAUACACGAUCUGAGGCGAAACGAAAUAAUAGACAAUCUCAACUGCCACUCUAGCCCAAUAAUCGAUAUAGAAUUAAUUAACGACUUUACAAACAUAUGCGCGCAAAGCGAGGAUGGCAAGCUAUGCCAGAGAAGUCUGAAUCACUUUGGAAAAGUCUUAUGGGAGACCAAGAUUAAGAUUGAGAAAAAUCCCGUUCACGGAAAACUAUUUACCUUCGAUCAGAGCGGCAAUUACAUGCUGCUCUGCACGCAGACUGGAGGAAAUAUAUAUAAGAUGCCACCGAGUACGCAAGGAAAGAUUUUAGAACUAGGAGGACAUAAGGGUACUCUAUGUUGCGACUGGUCAACUGCCAAUCAAUCUGGAACUUGUAUAACCGGCGGUGCAGAAGGAAAGGCGCGAGUAUCAACACUACUCUCACCAUGAUAUAGAAACAAAAUUAGCAUCUGUGUAAAUUCGUAAGACAAAUACUGAUGAUAUUGAAGUUACUGAUGAUAUUAAUUGAAGAUCUUGUAGAUAUUUAUCUUAUUCAUUGUAUUAAACUCACACGAGAGAUUGUCGAUUAAAGACAUAUUAGAUUUUAAGACAUUAUACUGCAUUGCCAAAGCAUUGGUAAUCCGUGUAAAGAGAAAAGAUUCGAAUAUUUUAUGAAAAGUACAAUGUAUCACUGUGGUAGUAAUUACAAGUAGUAUUAAGUAGUAAUAUAAAAACCAUCUUUUAUCUUUUAAAAAGCAAUCAGGGAUUACCAAAUAUAAAAUGUACAGAGAAUACUGUAAUUAUUUUAAGAGGAGGAUCAUAAAUAUCUCAAUUAUUAUAUGAUAAUUUUACUCGCUUUUUUUGUAAUAUAAAAAAAGCAAAAAAAAGCGAUAAAAGAACAAUAAGGUCUUGUAUGUAAAAUUAGAAAAUGGAACCCUUGUACAAGAAAAUCAAGAAAAUGUCAAUAAAUAUCAGAGUCAAUUUUAGUGUUGCA